UGCUCUACAGAGGGGCGUGUCCAGAGGCCCCGCCCCCGCGGAGGCGGAGCGGGGCGAAAAUGGCGGCGGAGCCGGGCCCGGGCCCCGACCCGGAGCUGGAGGAGCUGCUCGACAGUGCCCUAGACGACUUCGAGAAGGCCAGGCCCGCCGCCCCCCCGCCGCCGCCCCCCCCCGGGUCCCAGCCCUCGCCUGGCGACGCUGCCAAGGCCUCCCUCUUCGCCUCGCAGGAGAGGUUCUUCCAGGAGCUGUUUGAGGGGGAGCUGGCCUCGCAGGCGGCAGCCGAGUUCGAGCAGGCCAUGCAGGAGCUGGCCCGGGAGGAGCCGCACUUGGUGGAGCAGUUCCAGAAGCUGUCGGAAGCGGCGGGCAGAGUGGGCAGCGACGCGGCAUCGCAGCAGGAAUUCACCUCCUGCCUGAAGGAGACGCUGAGCGGCCUGGCCAAGAACGCCACCGACCUACAGAACUCCUCGGCUUCGGAGGAGGAGCUGGCGAAGGCACUGGAGGGGCUAGGGCUGGAGGAGGGCGAUGGCGAGGGCAGCGUCCUGCCUGUCAUGCGGAGCAUCAUGCAAAGCCUGCUCUCCAAGGACGUGCUCUACCCCUCGCUCAAGGAGAUCACCGAGAAGUACCCUGAGUGGCUGCGGCAGCACGGCGAGGCGCUGCCGGCCGAGCAGUACGAGCGGUACCGGGCGCAGCACGGCGUGAUGGGCCGCAUCUGCCGGCAGCUGGAGGGCGAGCGGCCGGGUGAGGGCGAGGAGGAGCGGCGUGCGCGCUUCGAGACCCUCCUCGACCUCAUGCAGCAGCUGCAGGACCUGGGGCACCCACCCAAGGAGCUGGCCGGAGAGUCGCCCCCCGGCUUCAACAUGGACCUGCCGGGGGCGGCGGGCGGCGAGCAGUGCCACCUCAUGUAGUGCCGGUGGCGGGAUGGGGGCUCCCGCGGCCCCCCAGUGCUGCGCUGCCAGGGACGGCCCCCGUGUCGUUACUGACUAAUGAAGACCUCGACCAGGAUGAGGAUGGAGGAUGAGGACGAGGAGGCUGAGCGGAGCCGAAGCCGCGGCUGCCGAGGAGCGGGGCUGGAUGCGGCAGCACCGGCUCUGCCGUCCCACCCUGGGGGGUGCCUGGGGUGGGGGGGGCGCAGGGACCCCCGGCCCUGGGGACACGUGCGUGUCCUCUAUGUCCCCAAUAAAGAUGUUGGCAACUA